UUAUUUCAUUUCAAAAUGGAAAGAGAAGCACUGCUGCACACCUCUUCUUUUCCGAAAAAUUCCGAGUCAAGUUUCCCAACAAAGAGCAUUUCAAAAUCGCUACUUAUUAUAUUUGCUCUGUCGAAUAUUGCAUUUUUCAUAUGCUUUUCAAAAAUUAAAUUUUCGAUUGGAGGAUCAGAAAUUGUUAGACCAGAAGUUAUUGUUAGCGUACCCACUGAAACAUCAACAACAACAAGUACAUCUCUGUCAUCCACCAGUCAAUUUAUUAGCAGCACAAAUGCUCCAGCUCUGCGUAGCCCGGAAAAUAAGAUUUUCCCUCAAAACUCAACGAAUUGUCCUUACGAGGAGUGGAACCAAGUGAGAACAGAUUUUAUUCCAAACACGGAUUUACAUAAGCAAUGGUCGAAAAAGUGGAAAUCUAAUUUCAAAUAUUUAUAUCACACAUUACCUUCUGUUGCUGCCGCUUUUUUACAUGAAGAUCAAAUUGUUGUAACCUUGACUGCAGAGAAUCAGGCAGAUGAAAUUGUGUACUGCCGUUAUUAUGACUGCCGGCGGAGAGAAAUUAUGGACCAUUUUGAAAGUACCAUUUUCCCAAGGGGUACUGUCUAUUGUGCACGACGUCCCGGUGCGAAGUUCAUCACAGUUUCGAAGACUUUGAAGAAAAUACUCGAAUAUUCAGUUCCCAUUGUUUCAAGACUAGGAAAACCUCAACACUACUUCACUGUUUGCAUGGCACCAUUAUACGGGGAUGAGCCGAAGUUUCUGCAAAUUGUGGAUUUUAUAGAGUACCAUAAGCUUCAAGGAGCAACGUUUUUCCACAUUUAUUUGAGAAAUGUUUCGGAUUAUGAUAGGGUGUUAUUAGACAAUUAUGCUAAAACUGGAGAUAUUGAAUUGAUAACUUUGCAAGAUCAUUUCUGGAGAGCCGACUAUAUGUGGCACAAUGGACAAAUAAAUGACUGCCACCACCGUAACAGGUACUUCUCGAAAUGGACAGCGUUAAUCGACAUUGAUGAGAGGCUGGAAAUGAAGAGUGACAAAUUUAAAAUAGUCGCUGAUUAUUUGGAUUCAAUUCAAGACGACUCAAUUGCAAAUCUGCAUUUUCGAGUGAAAUGGGUUAUGAAGCACCACGACACACCUGCCAAAUACGAAAAUGAAACGCAGUUGAAGAGAGAAAUGCUUUUUCAUAAAUACCAAAACUUAUCUCAACUCGGCGCUAUUUGGGAUCAACCAAAAUGCAUAAUUCGUCCAGAAAACGUUGCGAUUAUGACAAUUCACGGACCCAGGGAGAUGUAUAAAGGAGAAAAAAUGACGGUGGUGCCAGAGAACGUUGGCUUUAUCAGACACUAUCGCAACGUGGAGCUAAGAAUCUUUCAUAAGGCAUUUGAGAGAAUGAUGUCACAUGCUCCAUUCAAUAUUUCACCGAUUGAUAAGGAUAUUGAUCAAGAUUUAUCGAAAAAAAUUAUGGACCGUGUAAAGUGGAUUUAUGAAAUUGUGCAACCAACUUGUGAGCAGAAAGCCAAAAUGUAUAGAGUCGAGUCCACAAGUCCUUCUUGCAACAAUGAAACGAAGACUUUAAAUUGA